AGUGACAAUCAAAGAUGGCUGCGCCCAUGUAAUAUCGUCAGGGGCUGUUGACCUCUUUUUUCUUCCUUGUCACUUGGCCCUGUGCUGGCAGGCUGAGCACGAAGACCAUGCUGGGUCGGACCCUCCGAGAAGUUUCUGCAGGACUGAAACAAGGCCAAAUUACUCCAACAGAGCUCUGUCAAAAAUGUCUCUCUCUGAUCAAGAAGACCAAAUUCCUAAAUGCUUACAUUACUGUAACAGAAGAGGUAGCCCUAAAGCAAGCUGAAGAAUCAGAGAAGAGGUAUGCAAAAGGUCAGUCACUUGGAGAUUUAGAUGGAAUUCCUGUUGCAGUAAAAGACAACUUCAGCACAUCUGGCAUUGAGACAACAUGUGCUUCAAACAUGCUGAAAGGUUAUAUACCACCUUAUAAUGCUACAGUCAUUCAGAAGUUGUUGGAUCAGGGAGCUCUACUUAUGGGAAAAACAAACUUAGAUGAGUUUGCUAUGGGAUCUGGAAGUACAGAUGGUGUAUUUGGACCAGUUAAAAAUCCUUGGAGUUAUUCAAAGCAAUAUAGAGAAAAGAGGAAGCCGAAGCCCCAUGGUGAGAAUGACGAUUCAGAUUGGCUAGUAACUGGAGGAAGCUCAGGCGGUAGUGCUGCUGCAGUAUCAGCGUUCACGUGCUUUGCGGCUUUAGGAUCUGAUACAGGAGGAUCAACCAGAAAUCCAGCUGCCCACUGUGGGCUUGUCGGUUUAAAACCAAGCUAUGGAUUGGUCUCCCGCCAUGGUCUCAUUCCCCUGGUGAACUCAAUGGAUGUGCCAGGAAUCUUAACCAGAUGUGUGGAUGAUGCAGCGAUGGUGUUGGGUAUACUAGCUGGACAUGAUCCCAAAGAUUCUACCACCAUUCAAGACCCUGUUAAACCAUUUUUGCUUCCUAGUUGGACAGAUGUGAGCAAGCUAUGUAUAGGAAUUCCAAAGGAAUAUCUUGUACCAGAGUUAUCAAGUGAAGUACAAUCUCUCUGGACCAAAGCUGCUGACCUCUUUGAAUCGGAGGGGGCCAAAGUAAUUGAAGUGUCCUUGCCUCACACGAGUUAUUCAAUUGUUUGCUACCAUGUAUUGUGCACAUCAGAAGUGGCAUCAAAUAUGGCAAGAUUUGAUGGACUAGAAUAUGGUCACAGAUGUGACAUUAAUGUGUCUACUGAAGCUAUGUAUGCUGCAACCAGACGAGAAGGGUUCAAUGAUGUGGUGAGAGGAAGAAUUCUCUCAGGAAACUUUUUCUUAUUAAAAAAAAACUAUGAGAAUUAUUUCAUCAAAGCACAGAAAGUGAGACGGCUCAUUGCUAAUGAUUUUGUGAAUGUUUUUAACUCUGGAGUUGAUGUUCUACUAACUCCCACAACUUUGAGUGAGACAGUGCCCUACUUGGAAUUCAUCAAAGAAGACAACAGAACCCGAAGUGCCCAGGAUGAUAUUUUUACACAGGCAGUAAAUAUGGCCGGAUUGCCAGCAGUAAGCGUUCCUGUGGCCCUCUCAAACCAGGGAUUGCCAAUAGGGCUGCAAUUUAUUGGACGUGUGUUUUGUGAUCAGCAGCUUCUUACAGUUGCCAAAUGGUUUGAAAAACAAGUACAGUUUCCUAUUAUUCAACUUCAAGAACUAAUGGAUGACUACUCAGCAAUUUCUGCAAAUGAAAAGUUAGCCUCUGUUUCUCUAAAACAGUAGUAAUAAAAACAUUGUACAAGUUAAAAUGACU